UUUAUAAUUUGUUUAUUUUAUCAAGUACUUAUAAUGCAAAAAUAGGUUUUUAAUUUUUAAUUAAAUGGAUCUGACUUGGAAAAUGAAAAAUUUGUUUCUGUUUCAGGAAUUAAAACACGAGAAGGAUUAUCUGAAAAUUAAACCGUAUAAAAAUGUUCAUUCUCAUAAUAUAGAACAAAUGGACUUCAAUGAAAAAGAUAAUGCCAUUAUAUCUUGCAGCAAAGAUCCUUACGUUUCUCUCAUUAAGACUUUUUUGUCCAAAAGUAAAACUCCAUAUAUUUUAAAAAUGCGUAAGGGAUGUAAUUGUUUCGCGUAUAGCAACUUUCUCAAAAUUAUAGUAACUGGAAGUAGCGAUCAAAUAAUAAGAAUAUGGAACUCUGUACUAAUUUCAAACAUCAUCGCUAUCUUAAAAGGUCAUAAUGCAAACAUUCUAGAUGUUGCAAUAAUGGAUACACAACACAUGGUGCUAUCAUUUUCUGAAGAUGGGAUAAUUAAAUUAUGGGAUAUUAACGAAAACAAAUGUCUACAAACGGAAAAAAUUGAGUUUCCCGCUUUUACUAUUCUCGGAAAAGCUAUAGAGUAUGGCACAAAAAAUAUAUAUCCAGGUCCCAAACGAUCUUCGAAAUAUUUCGACACGCAAGAAGAAAGUGAACUGAACAAAAAGUAUUUUGGAAUUCCUGAAGUAGAAGAGAGACCAAUGCACACCGAAACAAGUAAGAGUUUUAGAGGUUCCACGGGUACUUGGGAAAGAUCGAAUUUAUUGGUAACAUGCUGUAACUAUAUAGCAACCUUAAAUGUUAACUACGAAAAUUCAGAUAUAAGAAGAUUAAACGAAAUGACAAUACUGCCUCCUCCUCCUUUACAAAACAGCGUCUUAAUACCAGCUUAUUGGCAAGUCAGGACUAAGGAAUUAAAAUCAAAUCCCAAUCAAGUAAUAGAGCAAAACAUAAACGAUACCCUUAAAAGCUUGGAUUUUAUAAUAAACAAGGAUUUGUUUGAUACAGAGGGUUCUAAAAGUGACAUCAACUACAAGAUAGCUAUUUUGGAAACAAAAAAGAUGCAGAUGAAAGCCCAUGUUGCUAAGGGUGCGCCGUUUCUUGCAUUGAGUUUAUUGAAAAUCGAAGAUUUGAAAUUAUCCGUUGAGUUGCGAACAACUAAUAAGUCUUUUAGGAAUAUUAAAAAAAUGUUAAAAGGGGCUUCUGUGAGAGAUCAAGCGUUUUCAGAACCUUCGUCUAGCAAGUCUCCA